AUAUAGCUAAGUUUGUAGAAACAAAACCAUUAAAAAUGUAUAUUGUAUAAAAGCUAAGAUUAUUUGUAAUUAUUUCCAUAAUUAAUAUAAUUUUUAGCAUUACAGAUAUUAAUUGUAUUGAUUUGUAUUAUAAUAAAAUGAUAUCAUUUACUAAGCUCACAAUUAUUGUCUUUUGUGUAUUCGUUUUAAAAAUUAAUGCAAAAGUUCAUUUUGACGACUCAGAUCUAUCAGAAAUGGCUCAUUCAAUUAAAUGGACAAAUAAUUUACUGGAAUCAAUAGAUAGUUCAUUUAGAUUUUUUUUGUUAAAUAGAAUAAUGAUAGAAAACCCAAAUAAUCUGAUUACAAAAUUGAUACCCAAAAACCGAGAAAAUAUAGAAUAUGGCGAGGCAACAGAAGAAAAUAUAACUACCCUUGAUAAUGAGAAAAAAUUAAGGAUAAACGCAGAAGUAGAGAUACGUAAUUAUAUAAAGGGGAAGAGUAAAUUUUAUAACAUAGAAGAAACACUAGUUGAUGACCUCAAACCAGCUGAAUCAAGAAAAAUAAAAUAUAGUGUUGUAGUCAAAGAUCGAUGUAAUUAUUUUCAACCAAUGUUAGAAGAAAUAGCGGCGUAUGAAAGAUUACAAAAAGAAUAUAUAAAGAUGUACGGAAGCUGUGCCAUAUUAUAAUCACAUACGAUGUUGUGCUAAAACAUUUUUUUAUAAAUGCCAAUACCUUAAAUGAUUAACAUUGAUUGUUAAAUAAUAUAAUAUAUUUUAUUAUGAAAUCGAUGUCUAUAAAUAAUUAUUUUACUUCAAUAAAAAUUAAAAAUAAACUAAAUAUUAAUAAAAGGGACUUUGAGAUUUUU